AUGGACGCAACACCAGCGUCAUUUUAUGGAAAGAUAGAUAAAUCGAACCCUGUUAUAUCAGCCUUUGACAGCGAAAUAAAGGAGUUUCGGCUGUAUAUGAAAGGACUGACCGUGUCGCCCAGUUUGGACCAACACUAUUAUUCCAAAGGAUCCAAGAAGCUGUUUGAAAUAUGGAACAAGUACCAGUCUCGUCUGCCCUUAUAUUAUUAUGAGGACCACUUGUUGCAAAUAGCCGAUUUCCUCUUUAGUUUCAAGUUGUACCGAUUGGCCCUCUGGCAGGGCUAUGGACGUUUCCUGCAGCACCUCACUAGUGUUCAAAUGGACAGCAUCGAGAACGUCGACCAGUUAAAGAAUUCCUUCUUUUCAGAGGGGUUUGAUACAGAGAGAGCAAAACUUACAUUCCGUGCUUUGCAGGGCCAAUGCCUCUGUGCCUUCCACAUGGAGAGGGAGAGAGCUGGGCAGCCAGAUCACAACGAAGUCCACAGGUUGCUCAACAUCCUGAGAUUUAUUCGAGUCAUGAUGGAAGCUGUUCUGCCUCAUGAGCGUUUGUGCUGGAUACUCUACAAUGGGUCGUUACAUAUCUACAACAUAAGUCGAUUCCUGAUGUCUGUGGGUCGGUGUGCAGAGGUUCUAGAGUACUUGCUUUGGGCCUGCAUCUGCUUUGAGACAUCAAUUCCUCUACUCACUCCCCGUUUCCUGUCAUGGAGGGUCACUCUGUACUGUGCAGUGUGCCAGUGCUAUUAUAAUGGCCAGGCUGGAGUUCAGGCUGAGAUGUUUGCAAGACGAGCUCUUGGCAAAGUGAUUGAACUGGGCAAACUAGUGGAAAUGACUGGAACACCAGCAUCUUUUGAUACCCAACAUGCCCUCAAAGGGGCCACCAUUAAGCUGGCUGUGAUGGUGUUCAAGCGAUCAGUGUAUGAACCUCGGAGGAAACCAAAAGGGCUCUUCAGGUUCAAACAGAAGAAUAAUCUCAAGGAGGUCCAGAGUAUGCCUUGGCCUCGCACACCCACUGAACGCAUUCUGAUGGAAUUAUUUGAGGGAAAUGCGGCUCAGUUCCUGGCUAUCCUUGAGGCCCUGUGGGAUAGCUCUCGCCGUCCACUGCAGACAGGUAUCCCGGAGGAGCCCGAGAUGCAGGAGGUGACACUUGAGCUAAUGUCAGCUGGCAUCAGCAUACUGUCUGGAAUUGGGGGCUCAUCAGAGCGAGUUCAAAAUGAUAGUCUUCCUCCCCGUGUGAGUGGUAUUACCCCCACAUUCACUCUAAUGGAGAUGGCAACAGCUGGGGAGAGCAGGAUCUCAGUGAAUGCUGCAGUGAAAUUUCUGAAGUUGCUGUUUCGAUAUGAGCAAUGGGACAUGCUCUGCAUCCUCUCUGACUCCCUUCUCUCAGUUCUCACUAAAAUGGAAGGCCACCCUUUUCUGAAGGCUGAGUUGGAGCUUCAGUUGCUGAAUGCUGUAGAGUGCUUGAUUUCAACACAGAGAGUCCAUCUGGCCACUCGCAACAGCUUAGGCGAUGCUCUACCUGAUAAAGACAAUCACUUUGGACAAAUAGUCAUGUCAGAUGAGCUUAUGGCCCUGGUGCAGAUUCUCCAUACCAGUGUGUGUGAAGCAGCACAGUAUGCUCAGCCAGACAGGGACCUUGUGAUGGACAUUAUCUUCUUUCUAUGGGCUAAAUGUAAAGCUGUGUUCCAGAGAGCACAGACACGACACUGGGAUACAGUCCACUACCUUGGCAAAAUGGAAAGCAAAGACAAGUGGGUACAGGCUCUAUACAUGCUGACUGAGGUUGCACAUGCAUGCCGCAUGGCAGACACUGAUCCAGUGGUGGUGGCGGAGAUGACUCUGCGACUGGCCAUUGCACUGGAGAGCAAUGCUGAGACGCCAGUGCAGUCUGAGGGAAAAGCAGUUAUGAGUGAAGAAAGCAGUCGAGACUGCUCCCCUGUAGAGAAAUGCACAGCAACACUUUUUAAGAGAUCUAGGGCUGAGCAGCUCCAGAUGGUAUUGGUUGUCCUUGAAAAUGGUGUAGAGGCUGUGUCCCAUGGCAGGGCUAAAUCCCUUCCUGCUGAUGGCUCAGCCAUUUCUGACACCAUUUACAUGCAGAAGUUUGGUGGGGCAAACACGAUGUUACCAGCAGGGGGAGCUCCAAGGAGCAGUGGUAGUCCUUGCCUCGAUGUCCUCUCCAUGGAUUUACACCUGGAGAUGCUGGCUUUUCAGCACAGAAUUGCCCUAAAACUGCUUGACACCUUUCCGGCUGAGCAGCAGUCAGUAAAUUCUAAAAAGUCACACAUCAAGAAUGAUCAAAUGGAGAAUCAAGAGAUGAUCUCAGACAGAGCUAGAGCAGAGUCUAAAAUACUGGAGAAGAUCAAGAAGAAUAAGAUUUCUAAAGCCCUGUUCCUGGCCCAGAAAGCAUUGCUUUCAUACAAGAAGGACCAAAAUAAGUGUACUGCCAAAACGCUGUUGAAGGAGGCUGUGGUUCUGAUGGAGAGAGCAGAGGUGUAUGAAAAGAAGCUUAGUGGUUCCUGUGCUCCUCCAGUUAUCAAGUCAGUGAAGGAGAAGACCAGACCUCCACCAGCUCCCAUCCUGCUCUGCCGCACCAACUAUUGCAUGACCUUUACCCCAGCAUCAUAUAUCCUUGAGAACCAGGUUUGUUGGUACAGCAUCUUUGGCAGAGAAGCUGAAGGUCUCAAUUUUAAAGUGCGGAUUGGAGAUAGUCAGCUGGCUGGUUCCAGACACAUGGUUCCGGCCAGAGGGGACUGCAUACUUCACGUAACUGGAUUAGUGCCCAACCAGACAUACAUUUUCGCUGUGGCUGCUUACGAUGCCAAGGGCAACAUUGUGGGCGGUGCCGUUGGCGAGAGUACCAGACCUCUACUAGCUUCUCUUCCCUUGCCACUGUUGACAGCAUGGGGCUACCUUGCUCAGGUUUCCUACCAAACCAGUCAAUACAGUCUGGCAAAGAGAGCAUGCACAGAACUGUUUGGCCACUUCAUUAUCUCUCCAUCUCCCGUCAGUGGGGUCCCACGGGAGCCCACGGCUGCUGAUGGAGCUGAGGCUGUUGUCCAGACAAGGCUGCGCCAGGAGAUGCUACAGUUUUCUUCUCCUGUCCUCCUGCAGCUCCUCCUGUCCUCCAUUUUCAUAGACACAGACAUUCAUAUCCAGGAAGGGAGGCUCUACUGUGACUCCCUUAGUGGCAGUAACCCUUUGAUCUGGGCACAGGAAGCCAGGCUGGCUGAGUGUGAGCAUUUGCUUGUUGCCUUAGACCUGGCUCUGUACCUUAAUGACGGCAACAACGCCCUGCAAGCCGUAGUUAGCUGCUACGGUCUCUUAGCUCCACUCAUCUACUAUCAGAUCAAAUCUGAAGCUGUGAUUCAGGUACUGAUGAAGUGCCUGACCGCCCUUCAGAAAAUUCCAGCUGUUUUCAGCCAGAAACAGUCGACAGCUACAGCAGGGUCUCUGCAGCACAUGGUGGCCUGCAUGGCCUAUUAUGUAGCCAAGGGUCUGCGGUCUGUUAAGGAAAGUCGCAUGGCAUCCGCUGUACUGGAGCAAGGGAAGAAACUCUUGCAGGAGAUUACAGAGGUACUAUCACAACAUAACGGUAAACCCCAGAGAAGGUCAGUGACCAUGAAUGAGGUAGAACCCAGCGAGCAGCUCAAGGCAUUGGAAGCUAACAUUAUAAUAAACAAGAAAGCAGGGACUAUUGUAAACUACGAAAUCGGUGUCGUUAAUAGAGCAGCUGUACCUCGAUCCCAUGAGCUAACAGGACAGGAGAACCCAAACUUCCUGUAUUUGAUCAUUGAGACCAGCUCUCUCAAGAGUGCCUUCAAAGAUGUGAUGAAGUUUAAGAGAAAGCCUGUCUUUCUGGAGUUUGCUGUACGCCUGCUGCAAAAGGCCCUUCGUGAGGAUCAGCUGGAGCUGGUUGUGGAGUGGGGUCAGGACAUCUUCAGCUGGCUCAGCAGGCGAGAUGAAGGAAUGGCACUGACAAAAAGGGGGCAAUCACAUGACCUUUCUGGGAAGGAGCUGAAAAAAUACACCUCCUCAGUGAUUGAGUACAACAAUGAGAGACGGAAGCUUAGCAGUGCGAGGAGUGACAAGAAGAGGAGAGAUCAUCUACAGAAGAAACAGCUGGCCGCCCUGAAAGCCCAGAACUCUGAAAAGGAGGUCAAGGCAGUGGACACCCUGUUACAUAAACUCUCUGCUCUGGUCUCGCGACGCCAGCGACGCCAGCGCCUGAGGCGAAUCUGCUCCGAGGAACGGCUUUGGCGUUGUCACCUGAACCUGGAGAUGGCCAGAGCCCAUCUGGGCCAACUGCAGAGAGGCCUGGAAACAUGGCCUGGCCUCGCUCUCCAGCGCUGUUACAGUGAAAUGCCUCGAGUCUUCUUUUCUCUGGCUCAGUCUGGAACAAUAGUGAAGUGGAAAAAUGUGCCACAGCACAUAAGAGCCCCUGAGUUGAUCCCACCCCCAUCCAAAACCGCACAGCCGUCCCGACCGAGGGCCACCACUCGCAAAGUCAAAAGGAGAAGCCAGAGCUCCGGCAGUGAGGAGUCUGCGGCGAGUGAUGGCGAGAUUGAGGCUGACGUGCCAUGCAAAGCACAGGCCAAUGAGUCAGACCUCUCUGAGCAGUCUGUGGUGGCUUCACGAGGCAGUGCAUCCCAGCUUCCAUGCAUUUUAAACAAGGCAGCAUUGCACCUCAGGAGAGCCAUGGUGCUGGCCCACCGCGGGGGUCACUGGACCUCCCUGCAGUGGGCAUGUCGGGUUCUGUGGGACCAGACUAGCGCCAUUGAACUGCUGGUUGAGCAGAGCCAGAUUAAGGAGUCUGUGGUUUGCCAACUUACAGUGGACCAGCUCUACACUGUGGUCACCCCUCUGCUAGUGUUGGCUUCAGAUCUCCUUAUGGACAUGAUGCAAAGACUGCAGUUGUGGAAGAUUUAUGACAAAGAGAAUGAAGAUUUUGAGGACAGUGUGCACUUCUCAGCUCCACUGGAUGAUGGGAUGUUGGUGGACUUGCAUUGGCUGAGAACUCUGGUGCUGCAUACACUGGAGCUGCUGUACUACCAGGCUAAAUGGGAAACACUGGCCUACCUGGCUAUACUCUAUAACUCCCACACACGUGAGCGUUACACUCAUAUCAUUAGUCCUCUCCUGGUUCAUGCCCAGAGGAGACUACAAGACAGGAUCAGGUUCUUUGGGGGUCCGUCUGUUCCUCAGCCACACUUCACACACACAGAGAGCCUCACUGGACAGAAGAUUACCUGCAGGAACUAUGUGGGGAUGCAGCUUUUGUCUUGUUGGAACCCCAGUGUGGACACCAACCCAAGCAAGAAUAAUGCUGACCCAGAGGCCCUGGAGCUGGCAGAGGUGAAGAGAGCGAUGUGUCUGGUACGUGUGCCACUGGAUGUGGAUGACACAUUAAAGUGUUUCAGGGAGACUGUUGACAAAAGACCUUACACCCUUCAGACAUUUGAGCAUAGCCGCACACUUCUCCGACUGCUGCUGGCACACACACAGAGCAUGAUUGUGGUGCCAUUCUGCAAGGAGAGCAGCAGCGUGCUACAGGGAAAAGUGGAGUUCAUAUUAACAGCCAGCACUGAACCAGCCAUCGAUCCUCCUGACCUUUCCACCGAGGACUUCAGCUCUCUGAGUGCCUUAUACAGCUCCCCUCUCUCUCCCUCCCACAUUCAGACUGUUUUCUCAGCUUACAACAGCUCCAUCCAAUACCUUCAGGCCAGUAAUCACAAUUCCCUUCAAGUUCAAGCUCUGCAUGACCUUGGAAAUCUCCAUUUUUACAACGGAAACCGCAGGGCUGCUCACUCAUACUGGAGCAAAGCUCUAGACUGUGCCCUGCAGUACACAGGUGUUGUAGAGUCCUGGGAUGGUGUCUCCUGGGGCAAAAACAGCUCACUUCAGCAGAUCCUGCGGCAUGCUGGGAUUUGGGGCUGUUUUCAGGGUGCAUUGUUAGCAGCAAAGAUUGCUCAACAUAUCCUGACAUCCAAUAUUAACCAGCGCACAAAAUGCUGCCUGCUCUCUGCUCAGCUCUUCAAGUGUCUUUUAGGGGCCUCUUUUCCACACCCUCAGGAUGAUUUCCUCUACUCCUCCUAUUGUCUGGACACAGACAUCAUUCCUGGAGUGGAACUUUUCUCUGAACAAGACCAGGGCAGUCUCAGCUGCACUGUGUCCAGUCUGGCCUUCCUCUGUCACUGGCUUUACACCUCAGCACACUUCCUCGUGGCCCUUCCUAUGUUGGCAUUCUACCUACAUGUUGUUGGAACAGUUUGUCGAGAUGUACGUCUCACAGUUGGAGGAAGAAUACUGAGGGUGAAGGUGCUGACAGAACUAGGACUGUUCAGUAAGGCCAUAAAAGAGUUAAAUUGUCUCACAAAUGGAGAAAAAAUACCUCAAUCUUACAGCUGCUACAACCCAUUGGAGAAGCAGGUAACAAAGAGAAUAUUUUUUGACAACAAGUCUCUAAUGGAUCCUGAGAACCUUGAGGCUCUGGAGGAUGUGGUGAAUAAGAGGCCCAGUGGAGCUGUCAUAGCCCUGUAUGGAACUAGGCUGAACAGGAGACUCCUUAUGGUCAGAGCACAGCUUGUCCUAGCUGUGUGCACCACCAUUCAGAAUCUGCCUGAGCCUUUGCCACCAGGUACUCCAGAUAGGCCAAUCAGGUCCAGUGAGCGGAGAAUUUCCAGCGUCCCAGGGCUCCCUGAUCCUAAUUUCAGCGAUAAGGAAGACUCUUCCAGCAGUGCCCCUGCCAGGAGAGCUCAGGAAGCCAAGGCUCUAAAGCUGGUCAACCAGAAAGAUAAACUCACUCUUGGAAAAGUCAAGACUUUGCUGCUCUCAGAGGCGUCGAGCAUGCUGGUCCCACAGCUCUUCCUCACCCAUUCACUACAGACUGACCCAGAGGAACUGGAGCUGGCAAUUGAGGCCAGAAUGAUCUUAUCUGAGAUCAGGCUGCAGCAAGGCAAAAUCGCUGCCAGUGCAGAUCUGGCUGUUUCUGCUCUGAGGCUGCUACAGGAUUCACAUAUCUUUCACCACCAGUCUCCCCAGGCUGCUGUUCCAAGACCUCCCUCUUCUGUCCUCAAACAGAACAAAACCAAGCAGGAGCAGACUGGAUCCAAACAGCCAGCUGCCAGUGUCCAGCCUGGUAACGUGGUUCAGGCAGUGGAGGCCAGAGAGCGGAUGGGCCCAUUGCUGUGGCUACAGUGCAGACUGAGUGUAGUGCGCAGCCUAGCAGCUCACAUCCCAGGAACUGCCAUCAUCCCAGGUGUGGAUAGCAGUUUGCAGGCAGCCAGGCUGCUGAGAGAGGGGUUACAAGAGUCUGAAGCGUGGGGAGAUCCUGAAACACAAGCCCUUCUGCUUCUUCAAGGGUUCACAUUGGAUACUCACCAAGGAAGAGCCAAAGAGGACAGAAUCUCAAGGCUGCAGGAAGCAGUGAGUCUGCUGUCAGGACGCAGAGCUCUGUCUCUUCGUUCUAGACUGGCUCUGGCGAAGGCCACAGUGCUGCUUAGUGAGUUGGGAGUCACAGGCAGUCAGUCACUUAGCGUGCUGGCUCAGAAACUUCUGCAUCAACAGCUUUGUGCUCUAGGCGAGUCUUUAAUCUUGGAGGAGAGGGGAGUGGUGCUGCUCCCUUCCUCCCCUGGUCUCAGGAGCAUGUACCACCCACAGCUGUGUCUGCUGGCCAAGGCCACCAUGCACUUGGGUUGUUGCGUGGCCCUGCAGGCCCUGUCAUGCCCUUCUGAGGACAAGCCCUGGAAGCCGUGGGUCUGUGCUCAGGACGUGCUGCAGUCUGCUCUGGACAUCUCCCAGGCCUCGGCCUCCAGAGAUCUGCAGCUGGAGGCUGAUAUCCUCUACUGCAAGGGAGUGGUGGGAAGGUACCUAAUUUCUCUUCAUGACCUCAGUCCUCAGAUGGUGGCAGAGACUCUCUUAGAGAGUAUCAGCAUCACUCUCUCUCACAGCCACAACCUGCAGCUGAUCCGAAGGUGUUAUUUAGAGCUGGCAUUAGUGUACGUGCAGCAGUGGGAGCAAAGUAGUACAUGCUGUCCUUAGACCCCAGCGCGUACGCCUGAGGAGACUGAUCAGAACAGAUGUCUUACUGAAGGACAGACUCAGCUACUGCUCUUUUGGGUUUGUUUAAGAGCAGCAACUAAAACAACAGAGGUUGUUGCCAACUGUGCCCAUGUGUUUGACGUCAUUAGUGCCACAGGCGGGCACCUUCCCCUAGCAUCACUCAAAUCUUUACCCAAUUUUGCCACCAGUGACCUUCUCACCCCCUGCGGGGGAGUGGAGCAGCUGGUGCAGAUGUCCUUUAGACCCAUAACAGACUGGGACACAGUACCGGGCAGCCAAAAACAAGGAAGGCUGACGUGGGUGCACCUCUCCCGAUACUACACCCAUCUCUUCAACCUGGUUCACAUGUCUACCUGGUCAGUGGGGCCUGUGGAGGGGCUGAUGUCUGGACCAGAUGACUGCAGACUGCUCCUCAGACUCACUCAGCUCCACUCCUUCUUCAACAGCCACCUGCCAUCCUACAAAGAACAGUCUGUUCUCCCCCAGCCGCCUGCUAAUCUCAUACUGCUGCCUCAGCUCCUUCAGGUCUCGCCCACAGAGAUGCCGUCUGUUUGCCAGGCUAAACAGCCAGUGAUUGACACAUACCCGUGGGCUAAUGCAGAUAAACCGCAGCUCAUCAUUCAGUGGCACACACCACUGCCGAAGGACAAAGGGCCGAAGUCCAACACGUCCUCCUCAGACUCAGUCAUGUUCACUCUUAUAUUUCACUCUGUGGACAGACUGAAGGUAGUGCAGAGUGAGCUGAACUCAGCAUACCGUGAGGCAAACGUUACUGCAUCGUCUGUGAGCACUAAACCUACAUCAGCCAGCCCCAAACCGGAGAAGGAGCACUGCAGUAAAGGCCCAGACAGAGCUACAGCCUCCAGCCCACAGCAGCUAUUGGUGGAGAGGACCAAGCUCUGUUGUAAUGUCAUAAAAAAUCUACUGAAACCUGACUCAAGUCCACAUCCCCUCACAGAGGUGCCUUUCGAGCCAAACCUGCAGACACUGAGGGAUCUGAAGUGCUGUUUUAACCCUGCAGCAGGGGGAACACUGGAGGACAAGGCCCUAAUCUUGUGGAUGUCCUCUCUGCUGCUCUGA